UUUAAAACCAAUAUGGCUGCUUCACCGGACAUAAAAGUAGAACAAUGUACAUUUUUGGUUUACGGUAAAUAACUGGACAGAAUCGGAAUUAAACGUAUCAAUACUUGUAAAACGUGAUGUUUUCUUCUCUGAGAGGCUUUUUUGAACGGCAUCGUCGAAAAAUAUUUAUAACUGGGGCACUCAUAGGUGGUGCUUUUGCCCUGGGCAAGUUGGCUGAAUGGAAACUUGGCGACUGGUACGAAACGCAACAUGUCGAGUUUCUUGCUCAAUCAAAGAAACAACUACACUUUGAUGGAAACCAAAAGACGUGUAACACCACCCUUCGUAGUUUACUUCCAAGUUUACAAGAUGCAGUAUUUGAGUUAGUUGAUUCCACAACGAUUACAGAAAAAUUAAAAAACAAACCCUCUGAUAAACUCAUCCUUUGGGAACGGUUAAAGAUCCUCAGUUUUACAAGAACUGUGACAGCAAUUUAUGCUAGUUCAUUGUUAGCGGUGUUUUUGCGUGUUCAAUUGAAUGUUCUAGGGGGUUACAUGUACUUGGAUGUAGAGAGUGAGGAUACGACCAGUUCUGCUUCUACAGGUGGGCAAAGGGCCGGCACAAGUGAUGUGACGCAAAAGAAAUAUCUUGGAAUUGUGAGGUUUUUCCUGGAGUCUUCUGUGAAAGAUUUAGUUACGGUUAUACAGCAUGUUGUAGAAGGUGUGUUAGGAAGUGUUUCACUAAAGCAGAAGCUCAGUUAUCAUGAUAUUAAAAGAAUGUUGGGCCAAAUACGGCAAUGUCUAAAGUUCUCUGAUCCCAAACAAGUAAUGGAAGGAUCAACAACAUCUCAGCUCAAAAUAUCCUCAAUUCUGUUACCAAAAGAUGAUAUUUCAGAGUCAGAUGUGAUAUCCAGUCAACUUCUAAAUGAAACAGCAGAUGUUUUAGAAAGUGAAGAUUUCCAAGUAGUCUUCAAUGCCUGUCUUGACAUUGGUUUUAUGUUUGUCAUGAGACGAAUAAAGUCAUCAUUUAUUGUUGAUCAACAAGAUUGCCCAGCAGAUAUGAUUUGCUCCAUAGAGGAUGGUCUAUGUUCAAUACAUCUCCCACUUGCUAAGAUAUGUCCGAUCAUUAAUAGUAAAGCAAACGAAGUGUUUUCAGAGGACAAGAAUGACUAUUUGGAUGAUCUUGGAUCACUAGAAUGUGUUAAGAGCUUUGCAGCCAAUAUUUACGAAUCUUUUAGUAGUAAACCUAGGAACUAAUUUGUAAGACUGAUUAUACACUUCUGGAAUUUCUUAUCUGCACAAUCAGGGGCGUAGCCAGGAAAGACGUCCGUAACCAUCAUGCCAGAGAGAACUGUAGAUUUCCUAUAACUCUUCCUAAUUUUUUCCCUGAAUUUUAGUGUUUUCAAGAUAUGGCUUCCGCGACCUCUCUUGGCUACGCCACUAUCCACAAUUCUCGAUAAUUAUUAAAUAUGAUUGUAUUAUUUUCUGCAUCAGAGUGAAUAUAUUUAUAA